GUCUCACGCAAUAUGGCCAAAAAUGUCAAGAAACUCACAUUGGCCAGCAAAUUGGCCAGACAGGGUGCCGUAAUUUCGCCAAAAACAAUAACUAAGAGGGAAAAUGGCAGUGUGGGGGAUAUUGAGGAUCUGGUAGGAGGUGCCGCACCGUCCACUGGUCCCCUAUAUUUUUCUCCCAUACAAACUCGAAAGCAGCGCUUACUAAAUGGCGAGGCCAUUAGAAAAACUUCCACCAAGGAGGAGAUUUUGACUCCUUCUCGAGUGCCCCAAAAGAAAAAGCGUUCAUUUGUGGAUAAUAACAAGAUUGUCGCUUUGGCUUCGGGUGGGGCAGAAACGCCUUCAAUUAAGACCGAAGCUCCAAUAAAGAAGGACACAAAGCCAAGGAUCAAGAAAGAAGUUGAACCAAGGAAACAGAAGAAAGUAGAAGAGCAGGUCAAGAUGAUUGAACCACAGCAAAAGAAUGAAAUUGAUCCUCUGGUAAACCAAGAAGUUGUGUCGCCCCAGUCCAUGUGGUAUCGUCAGUUGGAGAACAUUCGUUCCAUGCGGAGUCUAAAUGCUGCCCCUGUUGACACAAUGGGCUGUCAUCAAUGUGCCGACACAACUGCUGAUUUUAAGACACAACGAUUCCACAAAUUGGUGGCUUUGAUGCUUUCCAGUCAGACGAAAGAUCAAACCACCUACGAGGCAAUGACUCGCCUGAAGGCGCGCACACUUACCCCCGACAGCUUGAAAGACAUGCCAAUUGGUGAACUGGAGACCCUUUUACAUCCCGUGUCCUUCUAUAAGAACAAGGCCAAGUACCUUAAGCAAACCACACAGAUACUGAUCGACAAGUACGAUUCGGAUAUUCCGAACAAUGUCAAGGAGCUGAUAGCCCUGCCCGGCGUUGGACCCAAAAUGGCCCACAUCUGCAUGGCCGUUGCCUGGGACAAGCUGACUGGAAUCGGCGUCGAUGUCCAUGUCCAUCGUAUAUCCAACCGACUGGGCUGGCUACCACGUCCCACCAAGGAGCCGGAGCAGACCCGUGUUGCUCUAGAGAGCUGGUUACCCUCCACUCUCUGGGCGGAGGUCAAUCAUUUGUUUGUGGGAUUCGGUCAAACUGUUUGUACGCCAUUGAAGCCCAACUGUGGUCAAUGCUUGAACAAAGAUAUUUGUCCAUCUGCAAAAGUGGGGGUCACUCCCACAAAGAAAAAGGAUAGAUAGAAAGGAGAAUAAAAAGAUCUAGUAUCAAACAGUAUUUCUUUAA